AUGACUAUGUGGCUAGAAAGGGUUUUACCUCAGUUUAACGACUCGGAAUACCCAAAGGACCUGAAAGAUCCAAGUGUUUGCCAGUCUUUCGAGGUCGAUGACGAGAAAAGCAUUUCAGAUACUUCUACGGACAGCAAGUCGCGGCGUUUGCGAACAGUUUUCCACCACAAUAGGGACCCUCUUCUUGAUCAUUCUGAUAUAUACCUUGGGAAGACUGACUGGCGGUCCAUUGGCAACUUACUUCUCGCUAUCUAUGCUACGCUUUCCUCUACACUCUCUGUCGCCAUUGCCAUUUGGCAACCACGCUACGGCAAGUGGAUUGGUCCUGCAGGCCAUUUGACACCUUCAACGGCCGAUCUACUAUUUUCUUUGUUUGCUAAAUCCAUUGAAAUCGCCUCUGCUGGAGUAUAUAUCAAUUUUCUUGGCCAGUUUCUGACCAGGAGAUCUCUCCGUUCGCGAGGAAUUAGCCUCGCCGAUAUUGCGGUACGUGAAUGGCUCAUUCAGCCAGGUCUGGUGAUUUUUCAAUGGGAAAAUCUCAAAUAUGCAACCACGACGAUCUUAGGCUUCACUUCCCUACUUUCUGCAGUUGCAAUCUACUUCUUUACGACGGCUUCUAACUCGCUGGUAUCGCCGCAUAUCGCAUUGGGCAAGUGGGAUUCAGCUCAGUUUUUAGGCCAGGUUCAACAAAACUUUGGGAAUCUUCCCGUGAUGCACAAAGAGUGUUGGGCGCCCAUAGAUGCUUACUUGGACUCCCAGAACGUCGGCGAAUCUUGCGUAAAUGUGCUCGCAUCGGGUCUCGCCAAUCAAGAUUUCAACGAGUUCAUGAAAGCGUGGAGCAAAAAAGUCAUGGGAGGCAACACCAAUUUAUCGAAUCUUUCAUUGCGGCCACCAGCAACUAGUUCGAUCUUCACUGAUACAAUGGUCGAAGGAAACUGGGUUCAGAGGUCUAGUAGCGACAUCUCCGCCAACUUUGCUAAGUAUGGUAGAAUCGUGAACAAUAUUACUCUUUCAAUGCCGCAUCCAGUCGUCUUCUAUUCCGCCCAGGUGGAAUUUCCGAAGCCUGUUAGAGGGACAGGCUUCGGAGAACAUACUAUCAGAGCAUCAGUCCUAUCUCCGACAAGUAAUACCCUAUGCGUCAACAUGCAAAAGUCCGAAAUAUCACCACUGGUUUAUGUCGAUUGGCCCAACGCACGUUUUAACACAAGUAAUACUGGACACAAAGUUGCCGCCUCAGACUGGUUCAAAGAUGUUCCCGCCAACAUAUCUUUACAGUCUAAUAUCAGCCAGACUUAUGUCGAGGAUAUUUUUAGAUGGGGAUCUGUAUAUAACAGACGUCCCCCAGUCUUUCCACAGUGGCCAAUCGAUUCCAAUUCCAUAUAUAAUAUUUCAGUGCCCAAGUCCGAUUCCAUAUACCUGCUACUUAAGUCACCCAACACGACAGAUUAUACCGUCUGUCAGAUGUAUGGACUCAUGUCUCAAAACUGCUCAACGACACAUACCCAAAAGGUUGGCACCCGAACGCUGAAUUCCGAUUGCGAUGGCACUCCACCGAGCUUUGGGAAUACUAUCGCGCCAGGAACCUUCCAUCCCAAACCAUCCACGGAUUUCCGAGACGUUCUUGGCGCGUGGGCAACUGCUGUCGGCCUCAACGGAGGUAUGGUCAGCUCCAACAGCUCACUUGUACACACCCUUUCACAACUCGUCGUUACCAAUUCCAAUUCUUCUGAUAAUCUUCCGUCAUUCAAUACAACGCUGCCAUCUCUUUCCGAGGGCCUUGCUGCUCUCUCCAAUUCCCUGCUCAUGAAGGCCUCCAUCAACGCUUCAUUUGAUGGUACGGCAAUAAAGAAUGCUCCUAUUGCUCCUACACUCCUUCCGUACGACGUCGUGGUCCAAACGCAACAAUAUAGGUCCGGGCCCCCAGCUCGCUGGCAAGGAAUCUUGUACCCAAUCCUUAUCAUUAUGUUUGCUGCCAAUUGGUAUUGCCUAGCCUAUUUCAUACGCGAAAUGGGAUUAGUGGUAGAUUUCCUGGAGACUAAUAAUCUGUUCUCUGUCGCGAUCGACAGUCCGAGUGAGAGUAAGAGGAGGGCGCCCACGGAGGGGCCUGUUGGGUGCCACAGUGAUGUUGCAUGGCUGCUGAGGAGAGAUCAUCACCGGAGAUUGGUGUUUAGGAAAGCGGGUGGUGAGGGUUGGGUCGGUGGGGGCAAGAGAGAUGGUGUGUAUUUAUAG